AAACUUCUGGUGAGUAUCACAUAGUAUUUAAGAAUAAGAAUUUCAGAAAAAAAGGCCUUCUAAGUGAUGAUACUGUAGGAGGUGAAUCAGAAUUUUUGCAUGACUUAGGAUUAAUAGACGAUGAUUCUCUUAUAG